GUGUUUUUCUGAUAUUUCCUUUCAUUCACAGUUUCAUUGACGUUUUUCUUGUUUGUAAAUAAUAUAGGCUGGAAAUAGUACGCAAUGUGAUAUUACACACAUUCCUAGUCCGACAACAUUACGUAAACGAUAGCUAAUGCACCGCAAUUAAUUAAUUGUAUUAGAACAAUCAUAACCUAUUUACUUUUCUUGAUAGUGUUCUUUCAUUCAAGUGAUUGCGAUAUGAAACAAGAAAAUGCCACCGUUUAGAAGGAAGAAGGCGCCUAAAUCGUUUCCAGUUAAAGUUUUCACAUUAGAUGCUGAAUUGGAGUUUAACCUUGAGUGGCGAGCAACAGGUAGAGAUCUAUUUGACUUAGUAUGCAGAACUAUAGGGCUCAGAGAAACAUGGUUCUUUGGUCUUCAGUUCGAAGAUACAAAACACUUUAUAAGUUGGCUGAAAUUGGAUAAGAGAGUGCAAGAUCAAUGUGUCUCUCAGAUGCCAGGAACACCUUUCAUGUUACUUUGCAAGCUAUAUCCCGAAGAUGUAGCAGAGGAACUAAUUCAAGAGGUCACACAGCACUUGUUAUUUUUGCAAGUUAAGCAGGCAAUAUUGAGUAUGGAUAUCUACUGCCCUCCUGAAGCAUCGGUAUUGUUAGCCAGUUAUGCUGUACAAGCUAAGUAUGGCGAUUAUGACGAGAGUGCGUACAAACCUGGCAUGCUGGCCAGUGAAGACUUGCUGCCUCAACGCGUCAUCGACCAGUAUCAAAUGACGCCAGAGAUGUGGGAAGACCGUAUCAAGAUAUGGUACGCGGACCACAAAGGCAUGUCAAGGGAUGAAGCAGAAAUGGAGUACCUGAAAAUAGCACAAGAUCUGGACAUGUACGGAGUAAACUACUUUGCUAUAAAUAAUAAAAAAGACACAGAUCUAUAUUUGGGGGUGACAGCGCUAGGACUGAACAUUUACGAGAAGGACAACAAGCUGACGCCGAAGACGACGUUUCCUUGGUCCGAGAUCAAACACAUAUCAUUCGACGACAAGAAAUUCGUCAUCAAGUUCGUGGAUAAAGGCGUCACGAAUUUUAUAUUCUUCUCACCUAAGGGCAUGAACAAAUUGGUGAGUAGUAAAAAUAUACAGGGUUAUUUGAGAAAAAAUCAAAAGGUCGAAGGAUUAGCCACAGCAUGGUCAUCGAACAGAGAGAAUUUCAUCCUGGAUCUGUGUAUCGGUAAUCAUGACCUGUAUAUGCGAAGACGGAAACCCGAUACCAUGGAGGUGCAGCAGAUGAAGGCGCAAGCCAAAGAAGAAAAACAGCGUCGCGCUAUAGAACGCAACAAGUUAGCUAGAGAGAAGCAGUUACGUGAAGCGGCUGAGAGAGAGCGCGCAGCGAUGGAACAGCGUCUGAGGCAAUACCAGGACGAGAUACGACUGGCCAACGAUGCACUCCGCAGGUCAGAAGAAACGGCGGAGUUAUUAGCUGAAAAAGGGCGGGUUGCUGAAGAAGAAGCGUCCUUAUUAGCACAAAAAGCAGCCGAUGCUGAACGAGAGAAUGCCCGGUUGAGGCUCUCCGCUAUUAAGACUGAGGAAGAAAAGGUACACUUGGAGCGUAAAACACGCGAAGCUGAAUUCCUGACCGCUCGACUAGUGGAAGAAUCGGAGAAACGUGCAGCGGAAGCUGAACGGCUGAGAAAUGAACUGACGGCGGCGCGAGCGGCUGAGAGGCAUGCGAAGGAACGAUUGCUCUCCUUCCUUGCUAGAAACUCGACUGGUUCAUUACCGACGAGUGGUCAGUCACCUUUGUCGGAGCGUCACUCGUGGCAGAUGAAGUAUUACUGUAUGUAUGUACGUGUGGUGUACAGAGUGAGUGGUCAGUCACCUUUGUCGGAGCGACACUCGUGGCAGAUGAAGUAUUACUGUAUGUAUGUACGUGUGGUGUACAGAGUGAGUGGUCAGUCACCUUUGUCGGAGCGACACUCGUGGCAGAUGACGUGGGGCGCGGGCCCGGGUGGUGCUGCGCCGGCCGCCACCAGCUCUACCACCAUCUCCACCACCACAAUGCUCACCAAUGGAGGAUCUGAACAUCUGCAAAAGCGAGAUGAGUUACCUCGUGAUUGGCUCAGUGCUAUCCUUCCGGAGUCCGCGCGAGACAGACUCGCCGCCUUCCUCAACAAGAACCCCGCCCAUUCAGUUUCACUCACUCCGGCUUAUUCUUCUUCCUUUUAUAAAUCAUUUUGUCGCACCGAUGUCGCCACCGCCGCCGCGCCCGCGAGCGUCCAAUACGUAGCCUUACGUAUACAGGCAAAGGAAUCUAUUUCGCCAUACAACCAAUCCUUAAGUAGGGCUAUUAUAUAUUCGCCGGUGCCCUCGUCGCUGUUUCCGUCGACGUGCUCACUGCCCGCGGAGCUCGGGGGCGAAGUCCUACAGGAGGGCGCGAUCCCCGAACAAGAACUGACCGCGUACCAGCUGGUGCCCGACGAACCGGACCCACAUAUACAUAGAUUAUCCCUGGAAAUAGAGAAGGAGAGGGUGGAGUACCUGGCCAAGUCUAAGCACCUCCAGCGUCAGUUGGACGAGUUACGGUGCGAGUUCUCAGUGCUGAGGGUGGACCAGUCGACCGCCACACUGGAUCGACUGCACGAGGAGCAGGCGCGUGCUGGUGACGACAAGUACUCCACCCUCAGGAGGCUAAAACAGGGCUCCACUAACACGCGUGUCGCAUUCUACGAGGAACUGUGA